CAUAUGAGGAUGGUACCGAAUUCGAAGAUGAAUUCGAUGGGGAUGAUUUUGAUUCGGAAGAGAUUGAUUGUGAUGAAGAGUAUAUGGUGGAGUUAAGAGCUGAGGUGUCAUCAUCUGAUGAUGAUGAAGUUAAUGAUGAUGAUAUUGGGUAUGAUGAUGAUGAGGGUGAUGAUGUUGGUUAUGAGGUUAAGGAUGAGUUUAAUGAUGAUGAGGGUGAUGGAGUUGAGAAGCUGGAUAGUGAGGAAUUGUUCCUAUUCAGCGAUGUAAAAAUAGCGAAACUCUAUAAGAUGGAUUUAGUGCACGAUAAGGACUCAAUCGAGUACGGCAUUGAGGACGAUAGAUUGAAAAGUCGUGAUGGUCCCUUAAGAGACGAAAUAGAUUUUUGGCAACGAAGCGAUAUCGAGCUUACCAUCAAUGAACAAUCUGAAGAAAAUGAGAAAGGAUGCUUCAAUUUCUUUUCUCGAAUCUUCAGGAGAUUGUUUAAGAGAAAGUAG